UUUCUGUAGUAAAAAUGUUACAACCUUGUAGGCCUACAGGCCAGAUUAAUUAGUUAUUCAGCUGUUUUGAUAAGGACUAACUUUUCAUUGCUUUUGUUGUUCUUCAUUUAUAUUUUAUUCACAUGUUUGUCAUAUUUUACAAUAUACAUUGUAAACAUUACAUUAUAAACCUUUUGAACAUAGAUAGCUAUGGUCUGAUAUGGUCUAUGAUUUUGUUUUUUUUGUGCAUUUCUGUGUGGCCCUGGCCUCACCCAUCUCGUCGGCAGUGUAUAGGCGCCACCCUGUGGCAAUUCGGAGAACUACAGCGCAGGACAGGAAAAGAGAAAAUGACUUACCUUCAGUUUAUUUACAAUACAUAGCUACAAAGAAAAGCAAGGAUGCAGUAUAAAACCAGCGCUCUCUUACAAUACCACUUAUCUAACGUAACUAGCUUCUCAAUAAAAUACCUAGCCAAAUAUCCCAAUAUGUAAGAAGGUUUCUAUAUCAUUGUUACCACCAGUAAUAUGCACAGUCACGGUGGCCGAGAGGUUAAGGCGUUGGACUCGAAAUCCAAUGGGGUUUCCCCGCACAGGUUCGAAUCCUGUUCGUGACGAUUGUUCGCUUUUAGUAUUUGCAGUUGUAUUAAAGAAAACACGGCAAGUAUAUCGACAAAACCAACUUCUGCUUAAAUAGGCUUAUUUGGAUUUCGAAAUAGCUAUAUGGAGAAUUUAUGCUUUAUUAUGGGGGAAUGAGCUCUGAACGUAACACGCCCCCUUGAUAAACAUGUGUUUUUCUCGUCUCCCUAAUUUUGACAGCUGUAAAUUAAUUAGAACCUGCUUUGAACGAUUUCCACCAUCACUACUUGUCUCGCUUUAGUGACUUUAAUCAAAUAUGUUCGCCAAUGUGCCAAACGAUGAUCAAUUCUUGAUAAAAGACAUAAAGUCGGGAUUGAAGAAUAUAAAUGUAAUCUUUAUCGUGUUGGAAAUGGGAAGGGUAACUAAAACAAAGGAUGGGCAUGAGGUUCGCUCCUGCAAGGUGGCUGAUAAGAGUGGGUGCAUCACCCUGUCUGUGUGGGACGAGUUGGGUGGACUCAUCCAGCCAGGAGACAUCCUCCGUCUCACACGAGGCUAUGCAUCCCUGUGGAAGGGCUGUCUGACUCUUUACACAGGCAGAGGAGGAGACCUGCAGAAGAUAGGAGAUUUUUGCAUGGUCUUCUCUGAGGUGCCAAACUUUAGUGAACCAAACGCAGAGGUACUGGCCCAGGCCAACAGGCCGGUGAGUACACACACCAGAAUGAUCUAUACAUUUUAUUAUACAUGUUAUUUUCUACAUCUCCCCUCCUCCCCAUCACCUCUUCCUUUCUCUCUGUUCAUCUCAUCCUCCUCUCUCCAGUCUAAAGUUGAGUCCCAGAACAGUUCUUCUGUCAGGCAAAGCUCCACCCCCUCAGUCCCCACCCACACAUACUCUUCCAAUGAAUGCUCUCCGCUCUCCCAGAAUCCAACCUAUGGGAGCACAGGACGGCAGAAUGGGCGAGGCAACGGAGGUCCUGGGCAAGGCAACGGAGGUCCUGUCACCGACCCUAUGGGCAACAGCAGGGACCCACGGCAAGGGCUAAAGAGGAAAUGAUGCUGGUUUCAAAUCAACACGUAUCUUGGGCCUAACUGUAUUUUUAUUUAGCUAAUUAAAUCAUUGUUGUUAACAUGGCCAUCAUUUUCUAAGGAAGAUAACAUGUUACACAUUUCUUUCAAAUAAAUAAAUCAUAAC